AUGUAUGGGAAGCACGCAAAUGCAAGUCAUCCACUAUAUACCUCCGCAUAUCAGGCCCCAGAGAUGCGCGAGCGUUUCGAGCAGCUUGGAGUCUCCUUAUUGUCUGACUCGUGCAUGGAGGAAGAGCAGGAACGAGAGGUCAGCCAUGAAACCGAGCGGGAGAGGCAAGUGGAAAGACCUCCAUGUAACCAACCCGCACAGCACCGAUUGCCCUCCGCCGUCCGUACCUUCGUUCAAACUGGACAGAUCCCGCACAAUUCUUCUGCAUUCAUCCCUCUCUUCCGCCUUUUGGAUCCAGAUUCAAGCCCCCAUGAUUCUGGAUCUUGGUCACAUCACCUGUUUGCGCCCGCAGAUUUCAUGACAACAGUACUGCUUGAUGAUGUAUCUGGGAUCACCCAGUAUUUGCGCCCCGCAAAUUGGGUCAUAUCGAGUACGAAGGACACAGCCCUUCUAGUCGUUCUCAGCCCUUAUGAGGUAAACGCCUUGUUGCCAGAGUUACGUCGCAGCACCGCCGUGCACCUACACAUGUACGCACCUCGCGUUACACAGGCAAUGAGACACCUCAACAAUAUCGAUUUCUAUUCAAUCUCUUCACUUCCUAAGUCUGGGUGGGUACCUCCACCGCGCAUCGUUCGGUCGCAGCUGAGCCUCUGGGCUGGCGAGUUGUACUUAAAUAACUACGAGACGUACCUCGAGCUGUGCGCUUUCUUGGGCAUCUACACGACUCCUGGGACGGCGGGCGUGCAGAGCGACGGCUUUGUCAAGCUAAGUCACAGGGAGGCUUCUUGA